AUGCAUAUGCUUCGAGAUUGUGAGGACGCUCAAAACUACUGGAACCAGUUCAUCACGGAAGAUAAUUGGGCCAAGUUUUUCAGUCUUGGCUUGUACGGUUGGCUGGAAUGGAACAUCACUACUAAACAUAUUGGAGCUAGCAACACGGAUGGGCCUACUUUUUUUGGUGUUUCGGUUUGGUCUCUUUGGAAGGAUCGCAAUAAACUAAUAUUUUCUAGAGAGACAGAGCUUGCAACGCAUCUCACUUCAAAAAUCAUAGACAUGGCUUAUCAGAUUGUAAAAGAGAUGAAGUCCCCUCUUGCAUCUCGAUCUGUAAACCCGUGCCAGAAAUACAUGCAUUGGUCAAAGCCUCCUCCUGAGUUUUUCAAAAUAAAUACAGACGGAUCGUAUGUACAUGGUCAUGCGGCUUGCGGAGGAAUUAUCAGAAAUCACAAUGGAAACUUUGUUAAAGGUUUCAUGUGUAAGCUUGGGUCAGGAAAUGCUCUCUUUGCAGAAUUAAAAGGAAUUCUCCUUGGUCUUCAGAUAAUGAGAGAGAUGCAACUUACAAAUGUCAUUCUUGAAACAGAUUCCAUACAUGCCAUCAAUAUGAUCCAGAAUCGUCAUACCUCCAUUUUUCAUCUCCAACCUCUACUCCGAGAGAUCAUAAACCUUAUCAACCUCUCAGGGUCGACUAUUCGUAUAAAUCACAUUCAUCGUGAAGCAAACACUUGUGCCGACGCUCUUGCUUUAAGGGGUCAUCAAGCGGAUUUUUCCCCUUCUAUGUUAGAUGUUAUUAGUCCUAGUAUUAAUUUUCUUUUUGAUAAAGACUUAAGGGGAGCUUGUUCCUCUGUAGUCGGUCCUUAG